AUGUGUAAUGAUCUGGAGGAGAGCAUAUGCGAUAAAAUCUCUAACAACACUUCUACACAGAUAGGUCUAGAUCAAGGAUCAGAGUCACAUCCAGAGUUCCCUGAGAAGACAUACCCAGACCAGUGUGCUGCAGGAACCAAAAGGAACAAGCUUUCAUCCCCUCCUGAAGAAGAUAAGGGGACACAUUCUAAAAUAUCCUAUGGGAACCUCCUACGGCCACAUACUCCAAUAGAGAUGCAUUCUCGGGAUGGGGAAUAUGCAGAAUUUGAACCUCAACCAAGGAGCACCUUCUCCCGUGGAUACAUUGCAAAUAGCCUAGCAAUCAUGACAGAUGCACUUCAUAUGUUAACUGACCUAAGCGCCAUCAUACUCACCCUGCUUGCUUUGUGGCUAUCAUCAAAAUCACCAACCAAAAGAUUCACCUUUGGAUUUCAUCGCUUAGAGGUUUUGUCAGCUAUGAUUAGUGUGCUGUUGGUGUAUAUACUUAUGGGAUUCCUCUUAUAUGAAGCUGUGCAAAGAACUAUCCAUAUGAACUAUGAAAUAAAUGGAGAUAUAAUGCUCAUCACCGCAGCUGUUGGAGUUGCAGUUAAUGUAAUAAUGGGGUUUCUGUUGAACCAGUCUGGUCACCAUCACUCGCAUUCCCACUCCCUGCCUUCACAUUCCCCUACCACAGGUUCUGGGUGUGAACGCAGCCAUGGGCAGGAUAGCCUGGCAGUGAGAGCUGCGUUUGUACAUGCUGUGGGAGAUUUGGUACAGAGUGUUGGUGUGCUAAUAGCUGCAUACAUCAUACGAUUCAAGCCAGAAUACAAGAUUGCUGAUCCCAUCUGUACAUACGUAUUUUCAUUACUUGUGGCUUUUACAACAUUUCGAAUCAUAUGGGAUACAGUAGUUAUAAUACUAGAAGGUGUGCCAAGCCAUUUGAAUGUAGACUAUGUCAAAGAAGCCUUGAUGAAAAUAGAAGAUGUAUAUUCAGUCGAAGAUUUAAAUAUCUGGUCUCUCACUUCAGGAAAAUCUACUGCCAUAGUUCACAUACAGCUAAUUCCUGGAAGUUCAUCUAAAUGGGAGGAAGUACAGUCCAAAGCAAACCAUUUAUUAUUGAACACAUUUGGCAUGUAUAGAUGUACUAUUCAGCUUCAGAGUUACAGGCAAGAAGUGGACAGAACUUGUGCAAAUUGUCAGAGUUCUAGUCCCUAAUUUUAUACAUUUUGGGGACUCCUGCCUUAUUUAUCCUGCAGUCACAGACUUGAGAGCAAUAAAUGCAAACCUAAAUGAGAAAA